AUGUCGGUCUCCUUGUCCGUGAGGCAUGUCAUCAAGUUUGACGACACAGACAGAACUUGGUCGGUCCCUGCUAGCUUGGUGCACGAGGAUGACAAAGGAGCAGAGGGUCUCACUUAUGUGAUUGAACAGCGAAACAAGCUCUUAGGCUUGCUGCCAGAAGAAGACAAACUCUGCGAUGAGGAUGAUGCACCCGCAGAACCGAACAAAAAAAAAAGGCGACAGGUGCACAACAACCUGGAGCUCGAGCAAGUGGACGUCCAACUCCCAGAGGGCUUCGGCACGAUAGCUGUUCGAUCGGUGGACAAGGUGAGUCAGGACCUUCAGGUUCUGUUGGAAGCAGAUUGCUUGCACAAGCUUUUUGGCUGGAUCAAACACAAGCGACUGGCUUUUGAUGACCCUUCCAGGCCAUAUGUAAAGUCCGGGAAGUAUGCCAAGAACAGGCAGCCUUUGCAACAUGACGAUGACGAUGAGGAUGAUGAGGCAUGCAAGGGGAUGGGGAAAUGUGUCGUGCAGUUUUCUUUGUGGCUCCUUGCACAAGCAUUUUGCUUUUGCCGAGCCGUGUCAGCCAUGGAUGGAGCUUCGAGUGCGGCUGCAGCUCCGGCCGAUGCAGGUGCAGCUCCUCAGCCGACUCCCGGCUUGGUGCCAGAAGCAGACACUGCAGCUGCCGAGCCAUCGACGACGACCACAACAAGCAAAGCUGCUUCUGUCGUCGGUCCAGAUGGUUUCAGCAGCUAUAUGCAGUCCUGCAUGGAGGCCAUGGAAGGGCUGAAUGGUGACUUAAACAGCAUGUCAGCCAAGCCAUGGUUCUGGUACUCCGGGACUCUGGUUCUCGACGUCACCGAGUACGAGGAAGUUGCAUGGACUGAGGAGGAGAUGCUUGGCAGCCCGUGGGGCUUUACUGCUCGCCAGACGGCUCUCUUCGAUCGAGCUCGCGGCUUUUACCACCCUGGCGACCUACAUGCCAAUGGGGCAAGAAUCUGGAAGAACUAUGCGAAGAGUGUGUACAUCUGGCACAGCAAGAAGCAUAGUGCUUUUUACUGCUCUGAGAAGGUAGUUCUGGACAGUUGCCCCGACAUGGCAUGGGAAGGUGUGAAGAUCUUCUGCAGCUUCCAAACUGGAGAUUUUCCUGGAGCCAUGGGACCAGAGAUGACCGGUGGGAUUUUCGUGCCAUGGUGGAACAAGGAGGUUUCCCAGGUCGUGCAACUCCGCAACGGAGAUGGGUGGUACAAGUGGAUGGGCGAGUUGAAGAUGACCCAGAUGAAGCGGAAGCUUGACGAGGCCGAGGCCGAGCUGGAGAGCUUGAAGAAGCAGAAGAUGCUUUCUCCGAAUCAAUGGCUCGAGGAGGGGGCAUCAGCCGAGAAGGCUUCACCUGCACCAGCAGCCGAGAAGGCUUCCAGCUCCGGUGAUGUCCCCAACGUGCCAGCCCCAGGGGCUUCGAGUGCAGCCGAGGCAGGCCAGGAUGCAGCUUACAACGAUUCAUCAGCCCACUGGGCUUCAUGGACUGACUGGGACAACUGGACCCCACCUGUUCCAGAGAAG